ACAAAAUAAUAGCCGCGUCGGUGAUUCCGUGUCGGGUCGGUUUCUUCAAUACAAAGACUCGCAGGUCACAUGGCGAAGACAGAAGACCUCCUAGGAAUCCGUGGAAGAGGUUCACACAUCUGCGAUGAUGAUGAUGAUGAUGUGGUCGCUUAUAGCGCUGUGCAUAUUGGGAUAUGUUGCAUCAAAUAAUGGCGAAAGCAGACAUCACCGCGGUCGAUCGGAAACUGACUUCCGGCAGAUGAUGCACCGCCAGAGACAGGACGGACAGCUGGACGACCGGGCCGUGCGCGAAUACUGCGAACAGAUGCUGAGGUAUCACCAGAUUGUGCAGAAUAUCCGGGACAACCCUUCCGAUGCAGGACGUUACCGAGAAGAACUCCGACUACACCACCAGGCAAUGCACGGACAAGGAUUUGGACGGCGCCAGGAACGGUUCCACCAUGGGAGAUCCCACCACGGAGGGUCCCGCCAUGGAAGAUUUCGUGAUAUGAUGGGCCAUCGUUUGUCCAGCCAUCACGGACAUCAUAGAUCGAGAGGCUUUAGAGGCAUGGAACAUAACGUCUGCGACCAGUACAGGGGAAUGCAGCAAUCUGCAGGACAACGUAGAGGAUACAGGACGGAAAGGGGGCGUCCUGCGGUUGACCAGGACUUCCAGGACGACAUAACCUUGAAUAACAUGGCUAACAUGGGCAACAACGCUCGACAAGUCCAUAAGAAAAAAUAAACUGUCCAAAAAUACCAUUCUUUGUAUACUAGUAUUUAUACUGUACCAUUUUUACUAACCAGUAUAAUUUGGACACAUUUCGAUCGCCGUUACAUAAGAAGAUGAUUUAUCAUUUUGAGUACGUCAAAUCUCUAACAUCAAUUAUUUCUGCACAUAGCAACAAGGCAAGCAAUUAAUUUGUGACGUUGUUAAAUGGACAUGAACUGGAACUGUUUGUGGUGCUAUUAUAUACACUUGUACCUGGAGAUGAACACACGAUGUGUAAACAGAAACAAAUAUAAUCAAUACACUGCAGGUUGCUAUUGAGUAAUAAUAAAAAUGUCAAAAACUCAACAUUUGAUUUUUUUCAAACAAUAUGUAUCUAUUAUACAAUAAUUUUAGUGUUCCAAACAUCAUAUAAUCACAUAGAUGUACAUUCUUUUAUUCACACAUACAACAAUGAGCCAUAUCUGUAUUCGUAACAAUGCAUAGAAUAAACAUCUUUUCUCUUCUCUUUUAUUCAGUUUUGUUAAGGUGUUAAAGGGACAUUCCUGAGUUUGCUGCACUUUUUAAGAUGUUAUCGACUAACAGAGACUUUUUAACGAUUGUAAUUACAUCAAA